AUGGCUCUGCUGCUGAAGGGCGAGGACAGCCCAUCGCGACCACCGGCCAUCGUGUCGUACGCGUUCGAGAAGGAGCUGAUCAACCGCCAGAACCGCCACAUCCGGCUGUACGAUAGCUUUCUGCCGAGCCUGAAGCGUGUACCGAUAGCGAUCAAGUUCUGGUCCAAGUACGACUCGACGGCGGCCGGGCGGGCCAGCGGGAUGCCGAACUUUGACCGGUACUGCGCGCUGGUCGAGAAGACGAUAGCGGAAGGUCCACGGGAACGGUAUCCGGAGCCGGUGACCGAGAGCCAAUGCUACGGUUGGCACUACGAGCCCCUCCAGCGAUACGCCGGCUGCGACGUGCACCUGCACCACCACCCGAAGAAGCGCUCUCAGAUCACGCUGGUCGGCGAGAAGAUCAACGCGGACCGCAUCACCCAGCGGCCCCGCUUCACCGGCGUCCCGUUCAAGCUGACGUCAUAG